GUUCGAUAGGCUGUGCGAUUUGUGUCAUGGAUGCAAGCACACGGGUCAUGGUGGCCAGUGCGGCACUGCAGUCGCGGAUGACGAUUCCUCCUGCCUACCAUGAAGAUAGCUUACACCACUAUAAGCUGGUGGACUCGAGCGCCAUCUCAAAGCAGCGCGCUGAUCGGGACAAGAUCAUCCAGGAAAUCGAAGCGAAACGGGCGUCGAAGCGAGCCGCAUCUAAAAUGGUGCAUCCUUUCGAAUCGGCACUUAGUGUCCAUGGCAACAAACCUCGGGUCAAGUCAUCUGGACCGAGCCAAUCCGUUCAAAAAUCCCAGCCCGCAUUACGUCGAGGAAACAACCACGACGACGACCAUCGCGUCGAGUCGUCGUCCACCCACCAGCGACGGCCUGUGGUCAAAACGCCUGGCGAGAGAUCGUACAUCCAACAGCUUGAGAACGAAAUCGCUCGACUCAAACACAUUUCCCCGCCUACAAGUCAACAAAGUGUAGACGAGCAAGUCCUACAACGUUUAGCCGAGUUCAAAGUGGCGCAACAACGAGAUCUGGCAGCCGUGGAACAGCUCGUCAAAGCUAAAAAGGACGCCGAGGCUCAGGUCUAUCAAAUGAAGCAACAGCUGCAUUCUUCACCUCAUGGGCCAAAUCACCACAACAUUGAGAAAGCAGCAUCACGAAGUCAUUCCAAGCAGCACGACCAACGUUCCAAUCACGUGGCACAACUUCAGCAUCAACACCAUAGGCAACCACCAAACCCAUCUCGUGGUCAGGAAGAGCCAAAAGCCAAUCCAAUGAAAACGCCGGCUGUGGUCCGGCCUGCGACUCUCAGCAGCAGCUGGGUGCCGACUGAUCGCAUUAUCGUCGCUGCCGACAACGAUGAGGACCUUGCAUUUGACUAUACGGACGGCGACGAAGGCGCCGCCCCAGCGUUUGACAUGGGCCCUCGCACGGCUAGUUCACUGGGCGAACCUCCUGGGUUUGACGACUUUGGAGACUCUCCACUGAAAGCUCCAGCCAAAUCGAUACACGACACCAUUUCAAAGCCACUCCCAACAUCGUGGGCCACUCGUGCGACCAUUACUGAGAAGUCCACACCAACUGCGACGUCGGCGGCGGCCCGCGACAGUCCCUUGGUCGAGACCCGAAAGGGUGGAUACUUUGAAGAAAAGGAACGGAUGAAACAAAAUCAGCUAGAGUUGGAGCAAAUGGCCAAAGAAAAGCUGGCACGAGCGCACCGUGCCAAGCCCCCUAUGGGUCUCCUGACCAACGAAACCAAGCUGCGGGAGCGAAAACAAAAACGAGUCGAGAACAUUUUGCUCGAAGAAGACGAGAAGCUCACGCCAUUCAAAGCGCGCGACGCGCCGCCCGUGAUGGACGCCGACGUCGAGUUAGUGGAACAUUUGCGCAAGGAACGAGUAGCCGCUCGAGCUGCCGAGCUGUUGGCCGCCAGCAAACUGCCCAGUCGGUUGGCGGAUGCGGCGGCGAAAGCCAAACCCAAGUCCCCGACCCAGCCCCGGCGCGUGCGCAUCAAGGCGGCACCUGUGCCGGACUUUGUGAUGAUGCAAACCGAGUGGAAAGCAGCGCUGCAGCGGGCUAAACUGAGCAAAGCCAGCACGCGGGUGGACGCAUUUUCCGUCACUGAUCCCGACAAGUUGGCUGCGUUGCAAAAGAAAAAGCAAGAGCGCCUCGAGCGACAGAAGUUAAAAGAGGAUGCUGAGCGAGCGGCUGCCGAGGCCAAACGAAAGCACGCGUAUGACAAGGCCAUGGAAAGUGCCAAAGGACAGGUCCAAGUGGUGGAAACCGAAGCGCAAAAACUGCGCACAAAAGCCGUCCAAGCUAAACUGAAGCAGCGCCAGAUCAAAGAAAAGGCCGAGGAAAAAGCGCAACUCCAACGAAAUGCAAAGAUCAAACAGUUGUCCAAACAAGUCAAGGCGGAGGUGACGCAUUUGGAAAUGCAGCGCCGCCAAGAAAAGGGCAAUUUCGUGGACCCGGACGAAGCCGCCAAAGCCAAAGCUGAGGAAAACAAGCGAUCGUUUCAAGAAGCCAUCCAGCGCAACAAGGAGCGCAUCUUGGGGGCGGUGGCGGCCCGACCGACGCUCAUGGAACGCUUUGCCAUUGACAAGAAGAAGGAGGAGGGCAAGCGACAAGCGUUGGCGGCGGUGGUGUCGAAUGUGUUUGGCAAGAAUCUUGCAGCGUUCAAAGGGGUUCUGACAGAGGGCGAAGAGGAUUUGGUCGAUGCGAUGAAUGUCAAGAGUGCCGCAGAUGAUGAUGACUAUGCUGACGACACGGAAACUUAAAACGAUGUUGUAAUCAAGAGGACUUUGCUUUCUCAA